AUUGGCUCUACCCGUGCGGCGCGGGGCGGGGGGGAGCCGCUCAGUGUGCGGCUCGCCGAGUGGCGGCUCGGCGCCCUUCCCUUGCAGCCCAUUGGCGGGCGGGGCCGAGCCGCGCGGGAGGCGGGAAGCGGGAGGCUGCCGGGGGCGGCCUCGCCUGAGUUAUAAACCUGAAAUAAGCAGGGGAAAAAAAAGCGGCAAUGUCUUCUGAUGUGUCAGAAUAUACUAUUGGGGGAGUGAAGAUUAUAUUCCCUUGCAAGGCUUACCCUUCACAGCUUGCUAUGAUGAAUGCUAUAGUUAAGGGCUUAAAUAGCAGGCAACACUGUUUGCUGGAGAGCCCCACAGGAAGCGGCAAAAGUUUGGCAUUACUUUGUUCUGCAUUAUCGUGGCAGCAGUCUAUGUAUGAGAAAUCACUGCUUAAAUCGUCAUGUGAAAAGGAAGACAAAGAGCCAGAAGCCUUACCACUGUGUCGCUGUACGUGUCAUUCCCAAUCGGAGAGCAGUGAGGCUGCUACAAGUGUGAAUCAUGGUGCUUCUUGUUCUUCUAAUAAUUAUGAAACAGAAAGUUCCAUAAAAACUGGAAGCCUGCAAACAAACACAGGAUGCAUGGAAAGCAAUACCCUAGCUUCAAAAUUGUCUGCCAAAAAAAGGGCAUCUCUAUGCGAAAGUGAGAGUGAUGAUUUUCAAGUAGACAGGAAAAGGAUUCGUCCUUUAGAAACUGAGCAACAGGUUAGAAAACGGCAUUGCUUUGCAAAGGGAGUCCAGCUAGUUGAUGCUUUAGAAGUUUAUAAUCAGAGAAAAAAUGGGGAGCUGAUUGUUCAUUCUGAAAAAAGUGUGAAAAACCUUACUUUUUCUCCCAAACCAUCUGUCAGCUCUUGCACUGAGUGUUCCUGUUCUUCUGGAAAAGAAGCUCAUAAAGAUGCUAGCAACACAAAGAAGAAAGACAAAGGAGAUCAGUUGUUCGUUCCCAAGAUAUUUUUUGGAACACGAACACACAAACAAAUAUCCCAGAUUACCAGAGAGUUGAAGAGAACAGCGUAUUCCAGUGUCCCUAUGACAAUUCUUUCUAGCCGGGAUCAUACCUGUAUUCAUCCAGUGGUGUCUAGUAGUAGUACUAACAGGAAUGAACUGUGUGUAGAAUUACUGGAAGGAAAACAUGGCAAGUCCUGUCCUUACUAUCAUGCUGUUCAUAAACUCAGUGAACACCAUGCCCUACAGUCCGCACAUAACCUGUACCAAGCUUGGGACAUUGAGGAUCUAGUCAGCCUGGGAAAGAAGCUUCGUGCCUGUGCAUAUUUUGCAGCCAGAGAGCUCAUGGUGGGAGCAGAUAUUGUAUUUUGUCCUUAUAAUUAUCUCCUAGACCCACAGAUACGGGAGAGUAUGGAAAUUAACCUAAAAGGCCAAGUAGUCAUUUUAGAUGAAGCCCACAAUAUUGAGGACUGUGCUCGGGAGUCAGUAAGUUUCAGUGUUACAGAAAGUCAACUCAGAGCUGCUCGAGAAGAGCUAGAUUCCAUGGUCAAUAACAACAUUAGGCAGAAGGAUCAUGAGCAUCUACGGGCUGUGUGCUACUCUUUGACAAACUGGUUAAAGGAGAGCUCUAGCCAACUUGUAGAAAGAGGGUAUGAAACUUCCUGUAAGGUUUGGAGUGGAAAAGAAAUGCUGAACAUUUUGCACAAAAUGGGAAUAACCAAUAUUACGUUUCCCAUUUUACAGAAACACCUUUCAGCUAUCUUGGAAAAAGAAGAAAAAAUAUCAAUGUUUGGUAGAGAGGAGCUUAUUGAGAUACCGGUUGUGAGCCCUGCCACACAGAUUGUGCUAAAAGGCUUAUUCAUGGUUCUUUUAUGUCUUUUUAAAGAUAAUAGCAGGUAUGCGGAUGACUACAGAGUUGCUCUACAACAAACGUAUACUUGGAUGAAUGAAAACCAGCCUGAUGUUUCAGAUUCCAGUGCCUUCUUUACAAAUACCAAACAGAAAAGGAAAGCGCGUCAUAAAACUGUAGUCCACAUGCUUAAUUUUUGGUGCUUGAAUCCUGCUGUGGCUUUUUCAGACUUAAAUGAUGUCAGAACAAUUGUUCUGACAUCUGGUACGCUCUCUCCAAUGGAUUCAUUUUCUUCAGAACUUGGUGUGAAGUUUUCUAUUCAGCUGGAGGCAAAUCAUGUUAUUCGGAACUCGCAGGUUUGGGUUGGCACCAUUGGAGCAGGCCCAAAUGGUCGGAAGCUGUGCGCCACAUUCCAACAUGCAGAGACCUUUGAGUUCCAAGAUGAGGUGGGAGCACUUCUGCUUGCAGUGUGUCAAACAGUUGGCCAAGGAAUUUUGUGUUUUUUGCCAUCCUAUAAGCUUUUGGACAAAUUAAAAGAUCGCUGGAUGCAUACUGGCUUAUGGAGAAACCUGGAGCUGGUUAAAACAGUCAUUGCAGAGCCUCAAGGAGGAGCAAAGAGUGACUUUGAUGAAUUGCUGAAAAUAUACUAUGAUGCAAUCAAAUGUAAAGGAGAAAAAGAUGGAGCACUCCUUAUAGCUGUAUGCAGAGGAAAAGUUAGCGAAGGCUUGGAUUUCUGUGAUGAGAAUGCCCGAGCAGUUGUAACCAUAGGUAUUCCGUUUCCAAAUGUGAAAGACCUUCAGGUUGAAUUAAAGAGGAAGUACAAUGACCAGCACAAAAAUUCGAGAGGCCUUUUACCAGGGAGUCAGUGGUAUGAAAUUCAAGCUUACAGGGCUCUGAACCAGGCCCUGGGAAGGUGUAUACGACAUAGGAGUGAUUGGGGUGCUCUUAUUCUAGUUGAUGACCGCUUCCGGAAUAACCCUAACAAGUACAUAACUGGAUUAUCUAAAUGGAUUCGCCAACAAGUCCGGCAUCAUGAAAAUUUUGGUAGUGCACUUGAAUCCUUGCAAGCAUUUGCUAAAAGAAACCAGAAAGGCAUUGAUUGUUCAUCACCGUGUAGUAGUGAAUUUCUCCAUGUACCUUCAAAUUCAAACGUGUCAUCAGCUUCUCAACAGGAGGCAACUAUUCAGCUGUCACCAGAUGUUCCUGUUAAAAGUGAGGAGCAAAAUUUGGUCCCAGAUACUCAUUUUACUACACCCAUCAACUCAAUUAAUCCUGCGACAUCAAAUCAGUCCAGUAAUAUCACGGCGGCAAUGAAACAAAGUGGCCAGAAAGUUGAUGUAGAGAGUCAUUCUCACAAUGCAACACAAAGAAGAAAACAUAUGGACUCCACACCCAAAACGCCUGCAACUAAAAUAAAGAGAGCAAAAAAGAAUGAUUGGACUAAUUCUGGUUUUAUGAAAGAACACUGCUGCUUUAAACCACUGACUUCAACGCCUUUGCCUGUAGCUGCAAACUGCAUGUCCACAGCAAGCAGCAAACAAAAGAAGAAUGUGAAUAGUGCUAGUGAACUUAUUGAUGGUGUAAAUCAAUGCCAGUCAUCGUUCAUUUCAGAACAUAAACGAAGUGUACCAGAAUCACAUUUGGAAACAACUAAUUUUUCAGUUAAAAAUACUGAGGCUCCAGUUGCUGAGGAGCAUCUUCAUGAGCUACAGCUUCAAAUUGAGCCCUGCAGUGAGCUUCCUUCUGUAGGAGGGAAAUCUGAACUUCCAAUGUUAAAUGCAUCUGCAGAAGCUGAGGAUGAGGAUGAGAGCAUCUACUUCACACCAGAACUCUAUGAUGAUGUAGAAUCAGAGGAACAGGAAAUCAGACCUCUAGAUCUAACCUGUAAUACAAAUGAGAAUCUGAGUGAAUGUGGAACAUCCACAGUAGCUAGUGAUCUUUUUGUAAUCAACACCUCAAAAACACUAACUGUAACAAAAGAAAUGGUUAAUGAUGAUGACAGAAACACAAGUUUACAUGGAAUAAUGCAAAACGGUGGGAGUAAGAAUAGUGCAGUUGAUGUUGUAAAGAUGACUAGUGGAACAGAAGCAGAGCAGAUAGAAUCUCAAGAGAUGGACACCAAAAAACGGAAAAUCAGUCUUUCCAGAUCACGAAAUAAAGGUGUGUCAUCCUUUUUAUUGGACAAUACUAGCACACAGUGACAGCCUCUAUGGGAAAUGUAGUGAGCAGCCUUUAUAACGUAGCCUCACUAUAGAGCAGUAAUGGCAUUCUAGUUAACAUCUAAAAUAUGCAACUAUCAAGCUCAAUCAUUCAUUUUAUGUUUUUGUUUUUUACUGUGCAAGCUAUGCAACAUGCAGUUAUCUGUAGAUAUAAUUCAGAUUCUUCACCCUAACACUGUGGUCAAAGGACAAACAUCAUGUGUGGAAAUUCUGAAUAGAAGCCCAAAUAAUUCUACUUGUCAUUGUAGGGUGAAGAGAAGAUUCGUCUAUUACAGAGUUAAUUAGUCUGCCAUUAAAUGCAAACAGUUGAGUUUACAUCAGAAAGCAAAAUAUCAAUAUAAAAAAAAAUUAUUUGCAUUUCUUAUGAUUUUUAUUAAAUGUGUAUAACAGCAUCUUUGCAGAUCAAGUAACAUGAUAGAUUAAGAACGAAUACUGAAAUAGAUAAGUUCUUCAGUACUUGUUUCCCUCAAAUUUCUUUUGUCAAAAUGAGCAUAUCAGAGGCUGUGUAAUAGCAGUAUUCGAGCACUUGCCUCUCAUCAUCAUCAUCAAAUAUCUUCUUAAAUAGUCUUUCUUUGUUUUAUAUAAAAGUUGAUUACUCUUUUAAAAUUUCUUUUCUUUUGUUUCUUUUGGUUGGAUUCUGUAUGUAUUCGUUUCAAAACAGUACUCAUCUGCCCUUCAAACACAUUUUCUAUGCCAUAUAUAACAAUGUAAAUUUGUACAUAAUGGACUUUAAAUCUGCCUCAGUGUACUCUUUUUUUUUUUUUUGGAGCAUUUUAAACAUUUCUUUGAUUUACUGCAAUCAAAACGUAAGCCAGGGUUUUGCUGUAAUAAAGCAUUAUGCAUGAUUUUCAAGAAAAGAUUGUUCAUUUCCAUCAUAUAUUAAUAUGCAGAUGCAGGAUUUUUGCAAUCUUAAGAUUGAUUUAUAGGUAUUUGUAUAUUCUGAAUGAGAGCUGAGGUGAAAUUGUUCACCGGUCAUUUUCUCUAAGAGUUCAUCUAAAUAACAUUCUGUGACCAUCUCUGCAGAACUGUGAAUGUGUUCUUAUCAAAAUUAUUUAAAUUGUAUCCCUUUGCACAAUAAAUAGACCUUUAUAAAAAUAGAUCCUGUGUUUGCAAGCAUGGCAAGAAUAUUGUUAAAUUUCUCUAACAAGCAUUUUUUUGC